GCAAUGAUGUCUUUAGCUUCUGUGCCCCGGUAUACGAGCCGCAUUGGUCAAAGAACGGCUUGGGUAUUAUCUAGACAAUUUGCUAGUAAAGCAAACGAUGGUGGAAAUACGUCAGUCAGUUCACAGGAUGUUGAUAGUGCAUCCACACGCUUGAAAGCCAGACAACUACUCAAUCAAUUGGAGGAUUCAAGAAAUAGAGGUAAUUCAGCAGGUCCAUUCGGUGCAGCAACCAUAUCAGACGAUGUUAAUGCUGCACCGGAGAAGACGUUCUCCGAACAAACGACUUUUAAAGGAAAAGUGGGAAGAGCUACCAAGCAAACUUCACGCUUCACGGUCAUACUCAUCGGCGCUUCAGUUACUGGACUGCUCGUGUAUACGAUGGGUACUGAGCUCUUCUCAAGCAAUUCACCUACAAGGUUGUACGGCAAGGCAUGCAAACUCAUCAGUGACUCGCCAGAUGUCAGGAAGUUGAUGGGAGACUCCAGUUUAACCUUCUAUUCGCAAGCACCAGACAGUAGAAGGCGGCGCAACCAUCAAAUCCAACACAUGACCGCAUUUGAUGCCUACGGAAAGGAGCAUAUGAUAAUGAAAUUCUAUGUAAACUCGAAACUGCCUUCAACGGAGGAGACACAGAGUUGGGAAGAGUGGAUUGAGAGUCUUACGAUAACAGACAUUGGAAAGAAAGUAAAGAGAGGUAUACAAACGAUGAUAAACCCAGAUUUGAGAUAUGACCAACCUGAGAAGGCUCAGAAUGAACCGACAGAACGUAGCAGUUGGUUCGGUGCACUCGGUUCUGGUAUAAACAGACUUGGACGCCACAAGAAAGCAAACGCUUCAACUUUAUACGAUUCUGGACAGGCCUAUGCUGACCUCGUCAAGAAUGAGGCUGGAUACUUUGAGUGGAACUUAUUAUAUGUUGAUGUACCACACUCGAGGGCAUUCAAUAGGAAGAGAGUAUAUGUACACCCAGCAUAGUUAGUAUAAUUGCAUUGUCUUGUAAAGUGGAUAUAUAUAACAUACGUAUAUUGUCA